CCUCCUCCCCCUCCGGCUGGGUCUGGGGCGGCGGGGCCCGCGCGGUGGGCUCGGGCCCGCUGCCGGCGCUGAGCCCCCUGUCCCCGCCGAAGAAGGGCUUCUGCCCCGGCAGCGUCAUCGGGCCGCCCAAGGGCCCCCGCCCGCAAGCCCCCAAGCCCUGGCCCGACGACGGCCCCCUCCGACACGACAACGCCAACGCCCCCAACGCCGGACUCCUCGCCUUCCAGGACCGGAAUAGGCCCUAUGACACUUUUAACUUGCACUCUUUGGAGAAUUCCUUAAUGGAUAUGAUCAGAACUGAUCAUGAGCCUCUGAAAGGUAAACACUACCCGCCCAGUGGCCCAGUGAGUUUCGCUGAUAUUAUGUGGAGGAAUCAUUUUGCAGGGCGCAUGGGAAUAAAUUUCCAUCACCCAGGAACGGAUAACAUCAUGGCACUUAACACCAGGAGCUAUGGGCGGAGACGAGGUCGGUCUUCUCUCUUUCCCUUUGAAGAUGGCUUCCUAGACGACAGUCAUGGUGAUCAGUCUUUAUCGUCGGGUCUGAGCUCUCCAACUCGCUGUCAAAAUGGUGAACGAGUGGAACGCUAUUCUAGAAAGGUGUUUGUUGGAGGCCUGCCUCCUGACAUUGAUGAAGAUGAAAUCACUGCCAGCUUUCGGAGGUUUGGACCUCUGGUGGUGGAUUGGCCUCACAAAGCUGAAAGCAAGUCAUAUUUUCCACCUAAAGGCUAUGCCUUUCUGCUCUUCCAGGAAGAAAGCUCUGUCCAAGCUCUAAUAGACGCCUGCCUAGAGGAAGAUGGAAAACUUUACCUGUGUGUAUCAAGUCCCACCAUCAAGGACAAGCCGGUGCAAAUCCGACCCUGGAACCUGAGUGACAGCGACUUUGUCAUGGACGGCUCUCAGCCUCUGGACCCCAGGAAAACCAUCUUUGUUGGUGGGGUGCCACGACCCCUUCGCGCUGUCGAGUUGGCGAUGAUCAUGGACCGUUUAUACGGAGGAGUCUGCUAUGCCGGCAUCGAUACUGACCCCGAGCUGAAGUAUCCCAAAGGCGCUGGCAGAGUGGCUUUCUCCAAUCAGCAGAGCUACAUUGCUGCUAUUAGUGCUCGCUUUGUGCAACUCCAACACAAUGACAUUGAUAAACGGGUGGAAGUGAAGCCAUACGUGCUGGAUGACCAGUUGUGUGACGAAUGCCAGGGCACGCGCUGUGGCGGGAAGUUUGCUCCGUUCUUCUGUGCCAACGUGACCUGUCUGCAGUAUUACUGUGAAUACUGCUGGGCUAGCAUCCACUCGCGGGCCGGGCGGGAGUUCCACAAACCACUGGUGAAGGAGGGAGGCGACCGCCCACGCCACGUCCCCUUCCGCUGGAGCUGAGCGCGCGCGGCCCCGCUGGCUUGGACCGGAGCUGAGAACGGAGGAGGAAGAGGAGGAAGGAGGAAGAGGAGGAGGAGGAGGUGGUGGAGAAAGAGGGAAAGGGCGGGCACCGCUGCCCCCAGGGCUCCCGGGAUUCCGGAAAUCUGUGCAUUCGCUCUCUCCGUCGAGGAAGAAAAGGGUCUUUGUUCUUACGUGAUGUAUUCUUUUCCAGUCUCAUUUACCGAACCUAGCGUCCCGUAGAAUGCCAACCUGCAGAGUCACCGUUCCGAUUUGCACUUUGAUUUCCACGUCGUCUGCUUUGGUACCUUAAUUUCUCCCCCGAGACUCGGCGCUCGUGACAGGAUGUAGAGACGGCCGUGCUCACCCGCUCCGUCGGCUCCAUCUCUGUGUGAUGAUUCCUUUUUAUUCCGAUUCUUUUUAAACUGGAGCAUGCACUUAUUUUCAGAGAGUGGCCCCUAGAAGAUGACUUACCAAAGGUAAUUAUUACUCCUGAGUAGGUGGCAGAUGUAGCAAAAAUAUCCUAGACCUUCAGCAGCCAUUAAUUUGGCUCAUUUAAGUGUAGGAAUAACCCACAAGGAAAGACACCUUAUUUAGUCGUUUUCCAUUUGGACUCGUAAGGACGAUACCUCAUAAGCUGGAUUGUUUUGGGUUUUUUGUUUUUUUUUUGGUUUUUGGGGUUUUUUUUUCCACCUCGUUUUUGUGUUGCUGAGGGUUUCUGUUGUGUGUUUUUAUUUUUUUUGGGGGGGGGAGGGGUUAGAACUUUUUAGUGUUAUGUAAAUGUAUGCUGCAAUAGGUUUUGCUGCUAUUAAAAUGGUAUCGUUAAUACCAUAAUACUCUAUUCAGGCUAGGGUAUCAGCGGGAAAAAAAAAAAUAGACGUGCGAUUUGGACCCGAUCACGGCUGCCGAGGGGAGAGAGGCGCCUGGGGGAUGGGAAAGCUUCUGAGGAAGGGGUCAGGAUUCUUGACUGCAUGUUUACUUAACCAGACUGCUGCAUGCAAUAAAUUUUCUAUCUAACGUCUAAGUGUAACGUCCCCCAGCCCUCCCCCAAGAUGCCCCGACAGAGAGUCGACGGAGACUACGGAAAACUCCUCCGAUCCGUUUCGUUCUGGGGGAGCGGGGGUGUGGAAAAAAAUAAAAAAUCAGUUCCCCGCGGGAAGGAAGCCGAGCUUCUGGAAUCCGAACCGGCCCCACCAAUACUACAACCAACCGAAAAAACUAGACGUAGGAUUUUCUUAAAACACCAAUCUGUGUGAAUGGUAGAUGAAGUACUUUGCGGUGCUGUUCUAUAUCGUGCAAUUUAUUUUAUGGAGUCAAGUGAUUAUGUCUUGUACUGUGAUCAAAAUGAACUGUCAACCCCCUCCGUGUCGCACAGUCCGAAAUUUGACCGUUCAUAAAGUGGUCUGUAAACGCCACCGAGAGAGCUCUCGGUUAAAAACAACGAAAUCUCCACAUCGCUUCCACCCUUUAACGUAGCACGUCCCACCUUGUUCCGAAAAGCCAAGAGCCGGCUUUAGCUUAUCCACGCCACUCGUCUGUUACCACGGAGAGACAAAAACGGACAGGCCGAGGGACCCGGGCACAUUUUAGGAGAGUCGCGGAAAGAAGAUGGUAGCGAAACGUGUAUACCCCGAGGAAGGUAUCCGUGAAGAAGUCGUCUUUCUGGAUCACAGAGUCACCCCUCGAUGUCCUUGACCGUAUCCUGCGAAGCUUGAAUAGGAAGACCCGCUAACGCAGUGGACGCUCUUUCUCUUUCGGCUGCCUCGCGGGGCUGCAGGCAGAGGGUGUUUGCGACAGACCGGUGGGCUCGCGAAGGAUGGAGAGGAGAUGCCCACCGCGGGGGUCUCCCCUUCCACCCGUGGUUCGCAGUUCUGGGUACCGUCUGACUGGGUACGAUACUACGGGAGCGAUUUCGGUGGUCGUGUGCGUCGUGUGCGGUGAUAUCCUUGUGCGGUCUUAAGUUAGUCAGUUUUUUGUUUUUUUUUUUUUUUAUCCUGUGUUGGGUGGCGAUGAUUGGCUCUAAAAGCGUGUGUUUUCUCCAAGGAAAAAGAUGGCUUUUUUUUUGUUUUUAACUGGUCUCGAAUGGUUCUUCGAGUUCCCCCUUUGGAGAUUACCACGGGCCGAGGGCCGAGGAGGCUGCUUUCCUCGGCCCAGGGUUGAGGUUGGUUUCUCCAUCCAUGGGUUUGGUUUUCAUCUGUCUGAGACAUUUUGUUAUGCACUAUUACUACUACUACAACUACUACUACUAUUAUUACUACUACUACUACUUUUUGUAUCUAGACGGUUUUCAAUAGUGGCUGAUGAAGUUUUUUUUUUUUAAGGGAAAAGGCAUGCUUUCUGACUGACGUGAUCUUUUGCAAUACCUCAAUUUUGAAAUAUAGGAAAGAAAAUGAUAUUUUCUAAGUAAGUUUAUUCAGAAAAUAUAUAUAUUAAUUUAAUUCUGCCAGAAAAUGAUUUAACAGAUGGGUAACUUUAUUUUUUUCAUGCUUAUUUGCGUUUUUGAAGAUGACGAAGCUAGAGCUUUGUAACUGUAAUAUUGAAUCCUAGCAAACCUACAGAAAUCUACCUAAGUGAAAGAAGCAAAUCUUUUUAAAGAAACACCCCUCUUGCGGGUACCCCAGAAACCAAGAAGCCGGAAGAUAAGGAGCAGAAAAGUCGAGUUACAGCGAAGCAACAGCCCCGUCGUGAAGAACGGUUUGUUAAAAACUCAACUCCAUCAGGUGCUGAAAGCGGUGGACAGGCGGCGAAAACAGAGUUUUUUUCCCCCCUUAAUUUGUAUAUUUAUAAUCAAGCGUUGAUUCUGCACGACUGACCAGAAUUAUGAAAGAGUUCUUCUGUUUGUAUUUUUUACGAAUAACUUUUUUUAGUUGAUGAAAUGGUGAACACGUCCCCCUUCGGUUCGGUAACGGAGCCGCCCGGGCGCUCCGGGUUCUUUUUGGGAGAAGGUCCUCUGAGCCAGUGAUUUUUUUUUCGUUUUGUUCUGUUUUAUUUUUGGUUUUUGGUUUUUUUCCUUGUAACCUAAAAAGGUGGUAGGUACUAAAGCUUGGCUGGGGCCUUGGGGCCCAGGGGCCCCGACUGUGGCCUUGACACUUGAACUGGUCGAUAUUUUUUUUCCCCCCCCGAAGGCGAUAACCUAACCUCGACUCUUUGUUGUUAUGUGCAAUACUGUUUGUACUGUUUGUAUAAAACUAGAAAAAGCAAAGAAAAAAAGGCAUAAAUCUUUAUUGCAGAUUUAUUUUCCUUGCAAACUUUAGACAUUGUGAUUCACUGAAAGCAUUUUUCUACUGUCAAAUAUGCACCUUUCUUCAUGCUGGUAUUUUUCAAUAGGGAUGUAGCCUUUGUACUGAGACAAAUUUUCAUUGUUAUUUUUAGAGAGAUUUUUUGCUAAGAAAAAAAUUAAACAUAUUUACAUAUUUUUCAUUUCUUUUCGUAUUUUCUUUAAAGAGCGCUUUCUCGAUCAUUACUCGAGUUGUGUCUGGGAGGGACUUUCAUAUCUGGUCAAUGUCAUUAAUAUUAUUUUGUAUUUUUACUUGGAAUAAAUUAAUUUUAUGAUGCUAAUUCUUUAAAAGUUUAUUUUUUUUUUUCGUUUUCAGUUAUUUUUGAAGCUACAAAUCUUUGUAAUAUUGUUACUAAAGCGUCUAGUUUUUUGAAACGCAGAGCUUUGUGUAUUAACUUGCUGAUGUGGUUUACAAUAGCGUGACAAUAACGGCGACGGUUCUGUAAAGCGAUGGAGAGUGUAACGGAUAAUCGGGCAAUAAAAGGACAGAAUGAAGCAGAAAA